AUGUGUUUACCAUCUACUUCUCAAAAUUUAACUUCUAAGCCUUCUAUCUCUUUUGUUUCGUGUCCUGUCUGUUUUCGAAAUUUCAAAUCAGAAAAUAGAUACAGACAACAUUGUAAUGCUAUUAAAAAAUAUAACGUACCACAUAGUGAUCUUGAUGAAAUUCCAGUUAGAACAUUGCACGAAUUUAAGAAUAUUUUAAUUCAACAAAUACAUCGCCAAUUGCCAUUAAGUUUUACCAAGAUAGGAAGAAAAGCGUUAACAGUUCUGUGUACUGAAAGUCUAUUCGUUGCUGUUUUUAGAGGCCACGUUCAUCAAGUUUCAAAUAAUCCACGCGUAUACAAAUGCAGAUUUCAUGGAGAGUCUGCAUAUUCAACUUUAGCACAAAUUUUGGAAGAUCCUAAAUGGGGUCAAAAAAAUUAUGAUCAUAAUCUACAAACGUACAUCGUUUUAGAACUAUUGAAUCAUACACUUUAUCCUAACAUUAACAACGAUCAAGAUAAUGACAUUGACCCUCUGGUGCAAUUAAAUAAUCAAAAAAAAAAAAAGAAAACCUAA